ACGAAAUCAGCUACCAUAGCGACUCCGAGACGAUGGGAAGCCGCGCGCAGUCCGCAGUGAUAUGUGACAAGGUGCCCCAGCUCCUGGAGGAUUUCAAAAAACUUUCGGAAGAUCACGAUACGGCCGAUAUCGUUUUCGUGCUCGGCCCGUCCGAGGAGCGCGUCUACGCCCAUCGAAUUAUCCUGAUGGCCCGGUGCAAAUCAUUUCAGAACACAAAGCGGGGCGAAAUUUGUCGCAUUCCUGGGUGCACCGUGUCUACCUCGGCUCCGAUCGCCAUCCGACUGCCGCACAUCGAACCGGACAUCUUCCGGCAGUUUAUUCUGUAUGUCUACACCGCCAAGAUUAUGCUGCAGGAUUCAAAGGUGUUUGAAAUGAUGAUUCUGGCGCAGGAUAUGGGCGUUGAGGAGCUGAAGAUCGCCUGCGAGGAUCACGUCGGAAAAACGAUGUCGGUUGCCAACGCGUGCACAUUCCUAACUGCCGUGAUGGAAAUUCAGGAGAAAGCCUCCGGGGCCAAGUGCGCCGCGCCGUUUCUUGAGAAAUGCAUCACCUACAUUGCGGAGAACGCGUCCGAGUGCGUCAAAACGAACGCUUUCCUGAACCUCACGAAGGAAGGCCUCAUUCAGGUUAUCUCGUACGACAAUCUCGGAUUGGAAGAGGAGGACGUUUGGCGGUGUGUUCUGGCGUGGGCCAAAAACCAAGCCGGCGUAACUCAACCGACCGCCCACUGGUCGGAGGAGGAGAGGCAGCGCGUCUGCCUGUACCUGGCCCCGGUCAUUUCGCACGUGCGUCUGUUUCUCAUCGACAGCCAGGUGUUCGCCGAGGAGGUGGAACCAACGGGAGCCGUUCCGAUCGAGCUGUCGCUUGAGAGAUAUCGUCGGGCGGCGCUUCACUCAAACAAGCUGCCAACGAACGACAAGCGGCUGCAACCGCGACUGAUGCUGAACCUUUUCCACGGGUCGGCCAUUCUGAAGAAUGACAAAAUUCACUUCCAAGGCACCCUGAACGGGUGGUACGGCGGGGCCGCCAAGCAAACCUGGCGGAUGGUGUACCGAGCCUCGACACACGGAUUUGCGGCGUCCGCGUUCCACCGCCACUGUGACGGUGUGGCUCCCCUCUUCAUCAUAGCUUCGAGUGCCGCUGGGGCCAUCAGUGGCGGAUUUACGGAUGUAGCGUUCGCCAAAACCAACCGGAAGGGUGGCUACUUACACUCGGAGAAAGCAUUCCUGUUUGCGCUCAACUACGGCAAUGAACCGCCGACGAAGUUCGACAUCGUCAAGAAACCGUACGCCAUUUGCUAUCAUCCCGACUGUGGGCCGAUCUUUGGCGCUGGAGCGGAUCUACUCAUCGCUAGCAACUGCAACGUGACGAUGGAAUCGUACUCCAACUUUCCUCACUCGUACGAUGGGCCUAACGCCGUGUUCGGCCAUUUGUUCGGAGAUUACAAUUUCUCCAUUAUGGACUACGAAGUGUUUACGCUGGCUCCAUCGGCGGCCCCGGUUGGCAAUAAGAUUAAACACGACCGGUAUCCCUGACCGCUCGCUGCUGAGAACCAUCACAGGUCGGCCGUUUCUUUUCUAGGGUUUUCAUUCCAUAUACUCGGUGGUGUUCGUACGAUCCGGUUUUAGUUUUAAAAGUUUUUCUAAUAAAUUUAGUGACUUUUG